GGUGUCGGGCAGAGUUAGUGGCGCUUUGAGAAGUCGGGUGCGGGACGGUGCUGUGUGGGGUGGGUGCGUCUGUCGGCGGAAUAAGGAAGUGGCCGCCUCGUUGUUCGGCUCAGCAAGGAAACAAAGACGUGGUCCCACACCCUGUGAACUUCUCCUCGUAGUACACGAAGAAGAGACAGCCAUUGGUAGACUGGGCGGUAAAAGUUGUUGCUGGGCUCCCAGGAAGAGCUGUGUGAGGAGAAAGAGGAGGAGGGGGGGCACCACCUGCCAGGAAAGUGUGACCAACACACUGCAAACAAAGGCUGCCUGCCCCUUAAAGGGAUAUACACCCCUCCAAGAACAAAGAAAGCAUCUUCCGGAGUGGGGGCUCAUACGUCAACAGACGACCAAGUUUCAUAUCGUACCUCAGCACACAGAUGGGGCUUCUUCGACUCUUCUCCCUCAGUUUUGUAUCUAAACUGUCUUGAGGUAUAAUGGAAACGCCUUUCUACCAUGAUGAUGUGUUAAAUGUGCGCCCGGCUUACAACUUCUAUACCAUGAUGAAGAAAAACCUCAACCUGAACUUAAACGACCAGGUAGUGGCCAACCUGAAACCUCUACGGGACACCGACGGCCUUUUGACUUCUCCCGACCUUGGCCUGCUAAAGCUAGCUUCUCCAGAACUAGAGAGACUGAUCAUUCAAUCGAAUGGCCUGGUUACCACUACGCCUACCACCAGCCAGUUCCUGUACCCAAAGGUAGCUAGCGACGAGCAGGAAUUUGCCGAAGGAUUUGUAAAAGCGCUAGAGGACCUUCACAAGCAGAAUCAACUCGGUGUCCCGACCACAGGAGUGGAUUUAAGUUCGCUGCCUUCCGGCGCAAGUCUUCAGCCUCCCUUGCCGUCCGAUGCGCCCGUCUAUGCCAACCUCAGCAGCUAUUCUACUGGGACAAUAGGCACCACUGUUAACUACAGCACUGACACGGUACCGUAUCCUCCUCCUCCAUCUGGGUUGGCACAACAGCCUGCCCCACCUCCACCUCGAAUGCAGAGCCUCAAGGAUGAGCCUCAGAUUGUGCCCGAGAUUUCAAGUUUUGGGGAUAGUCCCCCAAUGUCCCCAAUAAAUAUGGACACGCAAGAGAGAAUAAAGGCCGAAAGAAAAAGAUUAAGAAACAGAAUAGCUGCUUCCAAAUGUAGGAAGAGGAAACUAGAGAGAAUCUCCAGGCUGGAAGACAAGGUAAAAAGCCUUAAAAAUCAAAACACAGAGUUGGCAUCUACUGCCAACCUGUUGAGAGAACAGGUGGCCCAGCUUAAGCAAAAGGUCAUGAGUCACGUCAAUAGUGGCUGCCAACUUCUUCCUCAACAAGUUCAAGCUUACUAAACUUUGGUUUCUAUAUCUGCAUCAGUUGAGCAACUUCAUUCCAAAAGAAAGGCUCUCUUGCCAAAUAGUGGGUUGUCCUGGCACCGUACCAUUGUAUACCUGUCAGGAUCAAAGACCCAGCCAAAGACUUUGCCGGACUGGACCUUUUAGCUACCAAUUUGCUUCCGUCACUACUGCGUCUUCUUCAGGCUCUACAGUUGCAGUUAUAUAGGACAAGAGGUGAAGAUUAUUGGGGCCUUAACAUUUUGAAGCAGAUUCUUACUAUACAGACUGUAGCUUUGUGUUUCGGUUAACCCUUUUCUAGCGUUAAGGGUCACAUUAUGCAGCAAGUACUUUUGCUUUCUGACAUCACUAGGGUAGAAGGAAUUGGGACUUAAAAGGUCAUUCCACUCAAAAGUGAUACUUUAGUUGUAGGUGGAGUCUGGUGUGGAGAGUCAUUUGCUGCCUCCUUAUCUCUGGGGGCUCUGACGGUCUCCGUUCCCACUCCUUAUUUUGCAUUCUCAGUUAUUUAAAAUAAAUGUAUUACAAAGGAGAGACUGCAGCAGUUCUGCAGAUGUGGGAACUCCAAUCUCGCUUAGUCCUUUAGAACCCCUGGUUUAGAACACGCCAGCUUCUACAAAAAACCUGCAAAAUGUCUCUUUUGAGAAGACCGACUCUUUUUGGUGUAAAGCAUCUCCAAGGAACAGAAUAUUUUUGACAACCUAAUGUUUACAGUACCUCACUGUUAAUGUGCAGUGUUUGUAUUUAAAGUGUAAAAACCUGUUAGAAGACAAACUUGGUCAGUUAAUAACGCCAAGUGCAAUUACUGCUGAUUUACUUGUAUACUGCCUUAAUUGUUUACAAGGUUUUUAGAGCAGUGAGAAGCUAAGGGGAGGGGGUGGGGGGGUCCGGUAGUAAUCCCUUUUAUCACUGAAGGCUUUGUAACAUUGCUGAUCACUCCUGUAUUGGAGUAGUAAGUAGGACUGUGUUAUAAUUGCACACAUUGGAUGUCAUUUGUAAAAUAAUGUAAAUGUUAUAUUUUACAGAUCUCGUUUUGUUUGAAGUGGUCAGUUUGCUAUAUUUAUGUUAUACUGGGAACAAUAUUUUUUAAUUUUUCUUUUUUCUUUUUUUUUACAAUACAUUCCAGUAUAUCCAGUAUUUUAGUGCCCUUAUGCACAAUAAAAUAUUGUCCGAAUGAUGAAACGUGCCAGUGUGCCUGAUGAUGUAGACUUGUUUUGUGUGUAUUUGUAGUAAAAGCUAUAUUAUGAAAAUUA